GGCCCCGGCCCCGGCCCCGGCCCCGGCCCGGCGGGCGGCAGGUGGCGCUGGCGGCUCGGCACCGCCUCCGGGCCCGCCGGUUCGCCGCCGUACUUCCUGCCGGCCCCGGGGGGGCGGGAGCGCCAGGCGGCCGCACCGCCCCCCGCCCGCCCCCGCCCCCCUCCCCGGCCGCGGGGCAGCGGCAGCGGCGGCGCCCAGGCCGGCCAUGGAGGCGGUGCGGCUCCCGCCGCCCGGCGGUUCGCCCUCUGCCUCCUCCUCCUCCUCUUCCUCCGCCGCCGCCGCCGCCGCCUCCUCCUCCUCCGGGGCGUCGGGCGGCGCUGAGGCUGAGCGGGGGCCGCCGCCGCUGGGCCGCCGGCACAGCAGCAAGCGCUUCACCGGCCUCAAGCUCUUCGGGCGCAGACUCCACCUGCCCCACAAAGGUGUCUUACCUUGUCUCCAGGGCAGCCAGCCCGGCCGAUGGGGAUCCAGGAGGAUAAAGCACCGGCCGGCAGUGUAUAAGAAAGCUAUUGCCAAAUCCAGCCUCCAGCACAUAGUAGCCCAGCCAAAUCCUGCACUAGCCCUGAGGAGCGACUCGGAGAGGCAGAUACGCAGCACUGUGGACUGGAGUGAGACUGCAGUCUAUGGGGAGCACAUCUGGUUCGAGACCAAUGUCUCCGGGGACUUCUGCUACGUUGGGGAACAGAACUGUAUGGCAAAGCUGCUGCAAAAACCUCUCUCCAAGCGUAAAUGUGCAGCCUGCAAGAUCGUAGUGCAUACGCCCUGCAUCGAACAGCUGGAGAAAAUAAACUUUCGCUGCAAACCUUCCUUCAGGGAGUCAGGAUCCCGGAACGUACGGGAGCCCAUAGUUGUCCGGCAUCACUGGGUACACCGGAGGCGGCAGGAAGGGAAAUGCCGGCAGUGUGGCAAGGGUUUCCAGCAGAAGUUUGCAUUCCACAGUAAAGAGAUUGUAGCCAUCAGCUGUUCCUGGUGCAAGCAAGCGUAUCACAGCAAAGUGUCGUGUUUCAUGCUGCAACACAUCGAAGAGCCCUGCUCACUGGGGGCUCAUGCUGCUGUCGUCGUUCCUCCCACCUGGAUUCUGCGGGUCCGCCGGCCCCAGAAUCCACUGAAAUCUAGUAAGAAGAAGAAGAGGACAUCAUUCAAGCGGAAAUCCAGCAAAAAGGGGGCUGAGGAAGGGAAGUGGAAGCCCUUUGUCAUCAAGCCCAUGCCAUCUCCUCUCAUGAAGCCCUUGCUGGUGUUUGUGAACCCCAAGAGUGGUGGGAAUCAGGGAGCCAAGAUCAUCCAGUCCUUCAUGUGGUAUCUCAACCCACGGCAAGUUUUCGACCUCAGCCAGGGUGGACCCAAGGAGGCGCUGGAGCUGUACCGCAAGGUCCACAACCUCCGGAUCCUGGCCUGUGGGGGAGAUGGCACGGUGGGCUGGAUACUCUCCAUUCUGGACCAGUUACGCCUCAACCCACCUCCUCCUGUGGCCAUCCUACCUUUGGGGACAGGGAACGACUUGGCCAGGACGCUGAACUGGGGUGGGGGUUACACAGAUGAGCCUCUGUCCAAGAUCCUGUCACACGUGGAAGAUGGGAACAUUGUGCAGCUCGAUCGCUGGAACCUCCAUGUGGAGCCAAACCCUGAUGUGAACUCUGAGGAAAAGGAUGACACGGCUGCUGACAAGCUCCCCUUGGAUGUCUUUAAUAACUAUUUCAGCCUUGGCUUUGAUGCACGGGUGACGCUGGAAUUCCAUGAAUCCCGAGAGGCCAACCCAGAGAAGUUCAACAGCCGGUUUCGGAAUAAAAUGUUCUAUGCUGGGACGGCUUUCUCUGACUUCCUCACGGGGAGCUCCAAAGACUUAGCGAAGCACGUCAAGUUGGUUUGCGAUGGGACAGACCUGACCUCCAAGAUCCAGGACCUGAAGCCCCAGUGCCUGGUCUUCCUGAACAUCCCGAGGUACUGUGCAGGCACCAUGCCCUGGGGCAACCCCGGGGAGCACCACGACUUUGAGCCGCAGCGCCAUGAUGAUGGCUGCAUUGAAGUUAUUGGCUUCACCAUGACAUCCCUGGCUGCUUUGCAGGUUGGUGGCCACGGGGAGCGGCUGUGCCAGUGCCGGCAGGUGGUCCUCACCACGUCCAAGGCCAUCCCCAUGCAGGUAGAUGGUGAGCCCUGCAAGCUGGCAGCUUCCUGCAUCCACAUCUCCCUGCGCAACCAAGCCAACAUGGUGCAGAAGACGAAGCGGCGCAACUCCAUGCCUCUGCUCAAUGACCAGCAACCAGUGCCUGAGAGGCUGCGGAUCCGGGUGAGCCGAAUCAGCAUGCGUGACUACGAGGCACUGCACUAUGACAAGGAAAAGCUCAAGGAAGCCUCUGUGCCGCUGGGGAUCAUUGUGGUUCCAGGAGACAGUGACCUGGAGUUGUGCCGGACCCAAAUCGAGAGGCUGCAGGAGGAGGGAGAUGGAGCCAAACGGAAGACACUGUCAUCCCAGAAGCUGUCACCCAAGUGGUGCUUCCUGGACUCAACCACGGCUGAUCGAUUCUACAGGAUAGACCGCGCACAGGAGCACCUCAACUAUGUGACGGAGAUCUCUCAGGACGAGCUCUAUGUGCUGGACCCAGAGCUGGUGAUCACCCAGACUGUGGGCACCUCUCCUGCCAUGCCUGACCUUGUUGACUCAUCUGCCACACCCACUGGGCACCAUUUUGCAUUCCCUUCCUCUUCCUUCUCUCCACCCUGCUCUCCUGCCCCCAGUGUUGAGCCUGAGCACUGCCUCCCGCACAAAGAUGACCUGAUAGAAGCUGCCAAGAGCGGCAACUUCAGCAAGUUCCAAGAGCUGCACCAGGCUGGAAGAGACCUGAUGGUGCGAGACUCCUCGGGCCAGACUGUCCUCCAUCACGCUGUCAAAUCAGGGAGCAAGGACGUUGUCAAGUACAUCAUUGAGAAUGCCCCUUCAGAAAUCCUCGAUGCAACGGAGGAGGAGAAUGGCGAAACCAGCUUGCAUCAGGCCGCAGCCUUACGCCAGCGCACUAUCUGCCACUACAUCGUGGAGGCCGGGGCUUCACUCAUGAAGACAGACCUGCAGGGAGACACCCCGAAGCACCGGGCUGAGAAAGCCAACGACCCUGACUUAGCUGCCUACCUCGAGAACCGACAGCACUACCAGAUGAUCCAGCGGGAGGACCAGGAGACAGCUGUGUAGUGCUGGGUGUGCCUUAGCCCAGGCCAGCUCGGGCAGGUUGAGAAGAGGAUGAUGGCAACUGGCAGAGCUGUGAGUCUGGCCCAGUCUUCACUAGAUGUCAGCCUGGUCCCCAGAGGAGAUGGAGCCAGCAGAGCUCUGCCCCAGGCUGGGCUGGGACUUUGUUUAUGAAGACAGUGGGUAUUUGGGGCUUGAAGCCUGGCUCUUUGUGUGUCUUCCCCAACGCCCCUCAUCCACCAUGUUCCCUGCCCUGGACAGAGGCUCCAUCCUGCAGCCCUGUUGGGGCAGGCCAGGCUGAAGCCCCAGGUCACCCUUGUGCAUGGGAGUGAUGCCAGUGCCCCCUCCACAGGCUCCUACCUAUGAUCCUUGUGGGAUAUCGUUGCCCGCCCGCUCCUCCUGCCAGCAGUCCCCGUCCUUUAGAUGCUUGGCUAGGUUCAUGUCCCGUUCCUCCUCUCCUAUCUGGCACAGCCACAGGAGGCACAGGCUGUGCGGGCAGACAGCAGAGGCCGUAAGACUCUGACUUUGCCCCAAGGGAAGUGCCAUGACUUACUUGCUGCCCCUGUCUCCUCCUCCCUUCUGUUGGUUUGGGGCUGCCCCAGGUCUCUGUGUUGCCCUACAGGGACCUGCAGCAGGAGGGAAGUCCCUGGCACACCCAGUCUUUCCUCAGAGCAUCUGGGGCUGGUGCAGCUGGAAGCAUGGCAGCCACUGCCCUCCUGGUUGCCUUCAGUGCUCUGCAGUCUGGCCAAGGGCAGAGCUGGCAGGGAAGACGGCUACCGAGCCCUCCCACCAUCCUUCCCUCCACAGGGUUGGGUGGGGCAGCCUGCACACCCGGUGUCUGCUGGGCAGCUCUUCGUGUGCCUGCGGCAGCACGUAGCCAUGGUGGAGAGCUGCACUUGGCCCGGGCGGUGGCUGCCCAUUAUAUUUCUCAAAUGCUGACUUGGAUCCAGCUGCCCUCCCUGCUUCAGCUCCCCUGCCAAUGCUAGACAUUGCACUGGGCUGGAGGGGCAGUGCUGGGGUCAGUGCCACUCUCAGGGAUUUCCCCCCGUGCCCCCCAACCUGUCAACACACAUCCCCUGAGUCUGACUCCUGCCAUCCCCCAAACUGGGUGCAGGGCUUUGCAAGGGAAACUUGGGCGCUCACCUAUCCCAGACACGAGCUCCCAGGGCAGGCCACCAGCUCACCCUCUCCAGUUUUAGCAGAAAGAGAGAUCUGGAUGCAUAGGAAGCAUCAAGGCUCCCAGCCCUGAGCCACACCUGCAAUGGGAUGGCAUUUCACCUACCACCUGCUAUGGGGCACGAGGCACCAGGACCCAUCUCCCCUGCAGAUGCUGUGGUGCUGAGCAUCCACAGAGGCAUCAAGCCAGCCCUUCAGCAAGGCUUUUGCAGCUCUGACAGCUUCUGGGACCGGGAGGUGCCAGCAGAGGAGGGGAGCUGAUGGGCCUGGGCCUUGCAGACCUGCUGGGCACUUUUAGGUGGGCAGCGGUUGCGAAGCGGGUUACUGCUUGCAGCUUGGGUCCAGGAGAGGAUGCUGCUGCCGUGUGGACUCUGUGUGCUCCCACCUGCACUCACACCUAGCUGCACUCACUGGGUAGUGCUGAGUGGCACUGUUUGAAUUGCUCCUAAAACCAAUACCCAAAGGGUAUGAGGAUACCACAGAGACUAUCCUUCAGGCUUUUUGGCCGAGGGGCAGAGUUCCCUCAGAGGACGGGAGAAGCUGUGGUGGGGAGCAGAGAUGCAGGGCAGUGCAGAGUGCCAGGGGCCGGCGGCAGUAUUGGCAAUUAAUAACAAUAGCAUCCCGACACGUUCAGAGCUGGGAUGCUCCAGCAGCACUUGGCGUUCCCAUCAGCACUGCUCACUGGCCACCGACAGAAAAGGCACUGACAUCUUCUCAAAGGUACAAACUGCUGCCCCCGAGCUGGGACACCCAGCCCAGCCCACAGGUGUUUACAGCCCCAGCUUCCCCCUUUCUCCCCGGUUUUGUAUCUUUCCAUAUAGUUUUUGUACAGGUAGUUGAAAGACACACUGUCCCCCUCCCCACCUGGCCCUUCUUGUGCGUGUGUGAGCUGAGUUGCUGUGCAAUUCCAAGCCUGGCUUGUACUUUGGCGGAGGGGGUGUUGGUCGCCCUGCCCACGGAGGCAGGGGUUCUGUGCAAUACCUGGGUCUGUGUUUCCUAGAUGCUGUUGUAGGACUGUAUUUUUGUAACUCUGUGAGGGUGCUGGCUCCAGCGGGCCGAGGGCCUGGUGUGAACCUGUGUCCCUGUUGCUUUUUGACUUGGACCGUUUGGAUGUUGUUUCUUGCCAUUGAAAUAAAGAGAUGGAUGUUUUA